AUGACUUCUAUUGAGCAUCAAAGAAGGUUAAACCCUAAUUUGAAAGAAGUUGUAAAGAAGGAAAUUCUCAAACUCUUAGAUGCAGGUGUUAUUUACCCAAUCUCAGAUAGUAAAUGGGUAUCUCCUGUGCAUGUGGUUCCAAAGAAAGGUGGUAUCACUGUUGUAAAAAAUGAUAAGAAUGAGUUGAUCCCCACUAGAACUGUAACUGGACAUAGGAUGUGCAUUGAUUAUAGAAAGUUAAACUCUGCAUCUAGAAAGGAUCAUUUUCCAUUGCCAUUUAUUGAUCAGAUGCUUGAGAGACUUGCAAACCAUCCUUUCUAUUGCUUUCUUGAUGGGUAUUCAGGGUUCUUCCAAAUCCCCAUACAUCCCGAUGAUCAAGAGAAGACGACAUUCACAUGCCCCUAUGAUACCUUUCCCUAUCGAAGGAUGCCAUUUGGGUUAUGUAAUGCUCCAGCCACCUUUCAAAGGUGCAUGAUGUCUAUCUUCUCUGAUCUCAUUGAGGAUGUUGUGGAGGUAUUCAUGGAUGACUUUUCUGUCUACGGAUCUUCGUUUUCUGCUUGUUUGUCCAACUUGUGCAGGGUCCUACAGAGAUGUGAAGACACCAACCUUGUGCUGAACUGGGAGAAGUGUCACUUCAUGGUCAAAGAUGGGAUUGUACUUGGGCACAAGAUUUCAGAAAGAGGCAUCGAAGUGGACAAGGCUAAGAUUGAGGUGAUGGUUAGUCUACCUCCACCAAAGACUAUGAAAGACAUAAGGAGUUUCCUUGGCCAUGCUGGGUUCUACAGGAGAUAUGUCAAGGACUUCUCAAAGGUUGCUAGGCCAAUAACCAAGCUGCUAUGCAAAGAAGCCGCUUUCAGCUUUGAUUCAGAUUGUCUUGAAGCUUUCAAGGAGCUGAAGAACAAUUUGGUCAAUGCUCCUAUCGUUCAGCCACCUGAUUGGAGUCUCUCCUUUGAAAUUAUGUGUGAUGCAAGUGACUUUGCUGUUGGAGCUGUUUUGGGGCAGAAAAAGGAUGGCAAGACUCAUGUGAUCUACUAUGCUAGCCAAACCUUGAAUGAUGCUCAGGUGAAGUAUUCCACAACUAAGAAGGAGAUGCUAGCCAUUGUAUUUGCCUUUGAGAAGUUCAGAAGCUACUUGGUUGGGUCAAAGGUUAUUGUCUACACUGAUCAUGCAGCUUUGAGACACCUCUUGGCCAAGAAAGAUGCUAAGCCAAGACUUUUGAGGUGGAUCCUUUUGCUUCAAGAGUUUGACUUGGAGAUUAGAGACAAGCCGGGCAUUGUAGCUGAUCACUUAUCUAGGAUGAGGAUUGAAGGUGAAACCCCCAUUGAUGAAGGGCUUCGUGAGGAACAGGUCAUGGCCAUCAGGGUAGUGCCUUGGUAUGCAUAUUUUGUGAACUACCUUGUCACAGGAAAGGAACCAUUAAGACUUGAAGGUUAUUCCAAGAAAAAGUUCUACAAGGAGUUGAAGAGGUACUAUUGGGAUGAACCUUUUCUUUUCGUCCUUUGCAAAGACCAUCUCUAUAGAAGGGCAGUGGCUGAAGAAGAGUUCAUCUCAAGGUGUGAUUCUUGCCAAAGGAGAGGGAACAUCACAAAGAGGAAUGGAAUGCCUCAAAACCCAAUUCUUGAAGUGGAAGUAUUUGAUGUUUGGGGAAUAGACUUCGUGGGACCUUUGCCCUCUUCUUAUGGCAACAAGUACAUCUUAGUGGAUGUAGACUAUGUGUCUAAGUGGGUUGAAGCAGUUGCAAGUCCUACAAAUGACUCAAGAGUGGUGUUGAAGAUGUUUAAGAGCAUCAUUUUUCCAAGAUUUGGAGUUCCUAGAGUGGUGAUAAGUGAUGGAGGCUCACAUUUCAUCAACAAACUUUUUGAGAAUCUUCUCAAGAAGAAUGGAGUGAAACACAAGAUUGCAAUCCCUUAUCACCCUCAAACCAGUGGUCAAGUUGAAAUCUCUAACAGAGAGAUCAAGGGUAUCUUGGAGAAGAUUGUGGGAGCCAAGAGGAAGGAUUGGUCAGACAAGCUUGAUGAUGCACUUUGGGCCUAUAGGACAGCAUACAAGACACCAUUGGGAACCACCCCUUUCAACCUUGUGUAUGGGAAAGCUUGUCAACUACCAGUAGAACUUGAGUACAAGGCAUUGUGGGCUGUGAAAUUGUUGAACUUUGACAUCAAGAGUGCAAAAGAAAAGAGACUUUUUCAGCUUCAUGAGCUUGAUGAGAUUAGAAUGGAUUCUUUUAAGAACUCAAGGAUCUACAAGGAGAGAACCAAAGCCUUUCAUGACAAGAACAUUUUGAAGAGAGAGUUAAGAGCAGAUGAUCAGAUACUCCUCUACAACUCUAGGCUGAAGUUGUUUCCAGGGAAGCUCAAAUCAAGGUGGUAUGGACCUUUUAAGAUCAAGGAAGUUAAGCCUUAUGGGGCAGUGGUUCUUUGGGAUAAGAAUGGAGGAGAGUUCACAGUGAAUGGACAAAGAGUGAAGCUCUAUUUGGGUACUACAUCAAAGGAAGAUGGAUUCUCAAUUCCACUUUCUGAACCCACCUCAACCUAUGAACCUUGGAGAAUGGGAACCAUGGAUAGAGAAGACAAGAAGCUAGUCUGGACCGGGAUGGACGAGACCGGAGUCGCGUACCCGGGCGCAAAGAUCAGAUCGAGCAGGUCCAUUUGGACCGGGAUGAAUGAGACCAGAGUCGCGUACCCGGGCGCGAAACCGUUAGGACAGCCUGCUGGUAUCGUACCGCUCCAACCCGCGUCCCGCUUCAGACCCGCCUCUCGCUCCACGACCCGCGUCCAGGUACCAAUGGCAAGACAAACUCAAGCAGAGAUAGAGACUGAGAAGAGGAAGAAUGCUGAGAGAGAGACUGCUAGAACAGGGAAAGUGUUGGGUUCACAACCUGGUUCCGAGGAGGAACGUAGGCAGCAAGCUUUAGCCAUGCUCAAGAAGAAAACACAAGCCAAGAGAGAUGGCAAAAGAAUUGCUGCUGAUGAGAGUGCGGCUGACAUUGCUCACAAGCAAGCCCCUCCCAAGAAAGCAAGAGCGCCAAGGGUUCAAGGUGGAGGAGCUCUUUUAUUGGAGAAAAGCAACCAAGAAGCUAAUCUUACCAUUUCAACUCAAGUUCCAAUACCACAGCCAAAACCACCUACCAAGCGGCCCACUUCUCAGUUAGUUUGUGAGGAGGUGCACCAAGAACAAGUCCUUAAGGAUCAGAAGUUGAGAGCAAAGCAUAAGAAAGAGGGCAAAAGACCAGUGGUUGAAGAGAGUAACAGUGAAAAAGCUGAGGAUCCCUCUCCAGACAGUGAUGAGGAUCCCUCUCCAGACAGUGAUGAGGAUCAUGUCCCUCCCAAGAGGAAAAACUUCAAUGCUGGCAGAGAUAGGAAGAAGAAACCCACAGAAGCUGAGUUGGUGGAGCAAAUGAGGAAAGGUAUUGCUUGGCCUCCAACAAGAUUUGUGGACAGGUCCAUCUUACAGGCGUUGUAUCUUGAUGAUGAUGUAAAGGAGAUGCUAGACAACAUUUCACACCAAGAAGAUUGCACAGCAAGUUGGGGAAGAAUCACCUUUAAGAUCGCUGGUCAGUCUUACACCAUGUCCUUCACAGAGAUUGGAGAAGCUCUUGGCCUCCAUGAUGGGAGGAAUCCAGCUCUUCCUCAGCUCACCAAUGCACCAAAAGACAAAGGAAUCGAAGACCUAACUUGGAAAUUUAUAUCAGGGAAGGGAAUAGAGGGUAGGAAAGACAGAAGCACAGCCAUCAAGCACCCUACCUUGCGCUAUCUCCACAGGUUCCUUAUCCACACCUUGUUCUACAAGAAGGAGGUGAGUAAUAUCGCUGGAGAGGAAUUGAGAUUUCUUCAUCAAGCUGUCCAACACUAUGCCUCCCACCCUCAGUUACCCAUUGUCCCUGAUGACUUCUACAGUGAUUUUGGUAUGGUGGGAUACUUUGUGACGCACCUCAUGUACUAUAAGGAUUGGGCUUGGACAAACCGCGAUUCAGAACCUCAGAUUGGGAUCGGUGGCUGGAUAACCCCACUACUUGGUUACUUGGGGAUUGAUUUGGGAACUGAUAAAUCAGGUCCAGCUUACUUGAAUGGAAAGUACCUCAAGAAGGAGAUAAUGAAACUUCUAGAAGUAGGUGUGAUCUAUGCGAUCUCUGAUAGUAAGUGGGUUAGUCCUGUGCAUGUAGUACCUAAGAAAGGUGGGAUCACUGUGAUAACCAAUGAAAAGAAUGAAUUGAUCCCCACUAGAACAGUUACUGGCCAUCGCAUGUGCAUUGAUUUUCGUAAGUUGAAUGCUGCGACUCGUAAGGAUCACUUCCCACUUCCUUUUAUUGAUCAAAUGCUUGAGAGAUUGGCUAACCACCCUUACUAUUGCUUUUUAGAUGGUUAUUCAGGUUUCUUUCAGAUUCCCAUCCAACCAGACGAUCAGGAGAAGACGACGUUCACAUGCCCUUAUGGAACAUAUGCAUACAGGAGGAUGCCCUUCGGCUUGUGCAAUGCUCCGGCGACCUUCCAGCGAUGCAUGAUGUCGAUUUUUACUGAUCUGAUUGAAGACAUAAUGGAGGUUUUCAUGGACGAUUUCAGAGUCUAUGGAAGCUCCUUUCAUGUCUGUUUGUCAAACUUGUGCAGGGUGCUGAAGCGAUGCGAGGAGAAGCAUCUGGUGCUGAACUGGGAGAAAUGCCACUUCGUGGUCAGAGAUGGGAUUGUUCUGGGACACAAGAUAUCAGAGAAAGGCAUUGAGGUGGACAAGGCAAAGAUCGAGGUCAUGAUGAGUCUGCAACCACCAAGUUCAGUGAAGGGAAUCAUGAGUUUCUUGGGACAUGCUGGUUUCUAUAGGAGGUUCAUCCAGGACUUCUCUAAGAUCGCGAGACCAGUUACUCGGUUACUCUGCAAGGAAGCUCAGUUUGCUUUUGACAGUGACUGCCUAGCCGCAUUUCACACGAUCAAGGGAGCUCUAGUCAGUGCACCAGUUGUCCAACCUCCAGACUGGGAUCUCCCUUUUGAGAUCAUGACAGAUGCAAGUGAUUUUGCAGUAGGAGCAGUCCUUGGACAGCGUAAAGACAAGAAGCUUCACGUGAUCUACUAUGCAAAUGCCUUUUCAGGGUACAAUCAAAUCAUGAUGGAUCCCGACGAUCAAGAGAAAACCGCAUUCAUAGCUGAACGAGGGACCUAUUGCUAUAAGGUCAUGCCAUUCGGUUUAAAGAACGCAGGAGCUACCUAUCAAAGGCUAGUGAAUAAAAUGUUUGCUGGCCAGCUCGGGAAAACCAUGGAGGUCUAUAUU